AAAGUCAGCAAUUGUCAACCGAGCGACCGAGCGAGAGAGGGGAAGUCACGAGGCGACGGAACCGGAACCCUAGCUAGCGCGCGGCGUCCAUGGGGAAGGCGGAGGCGAGGUCCAGGGAGCACGGCGGGGGCGGAGGAGGAGGCAGCGGCAGCGCGGGGAAGAUCUUCGUCGGUGGACUGCCCCGUGACACCACGGAAGCGGAUUUUGUGAAGCAUUUUGGCCAGUAUGGAGAAAUAGUUGAUUCAGUGAUAAUGAGGGAUAAGCACACAUCUCAGCCAAGGGGCUUUGGCUUUAUUACAUAUUCUAACCCUGCCGUUGUGGAUAGAGUGAUGGAUGAUAUCCAUGAAUUCAAUGGAAAGCAAGUUGAAAUCAAGAGAACCAUUCCAAAAGAUUCUGUGCAAUCAAAGGAUUUCAAAACUAAAAAGAUAUUUGUUGGUGGGCUUCCUCAAGCACUGACAGAAGAUGAUUUCAAGCAUUUCUUCCAGAAAUAUGGCCCUGUGGUGGACCAUCAGAUUAUGCGUGAUCAUCAAACCAAGCGUUCACGAGGCUUUGGAUUUAUAGUUUUUAGUUCUGAUCAGGUUGUAGAUGAUUUAUUAGCAAAUGGAAAUAUGAUUGAUCUUGCUGGUGCAAAGGUGGAGAUCAAGAAAGCAGAACCAAAGAAAUCCUCAAAUCCACCACCAUCAUCACAUGGUAGUGCCUCUAGAUCAGCAUAUGGUAGGGAUUCUAGGGGUCAUUCUUCUGGCAAUGACUAUGGUGGACUGGCCAAUGCUUAUAGCAACUACAACAGUGGUGGAUUUGGGCCUUAUAGGAACCAUGGAGUUUAUGGUGGUGGUAGUCUCAGUGGUUAUGGUGGGAUAGGUGAAUAUGGUGUUCAGUAUGGCCGUUACUAUCCAGGAUUAGGAGGAUCUGGAAGCAUGCCUUCUUUUGGUUAUGCUAGUCGUGUUGGGCCGUAUGGAGGAGGUUUUGAUGGACCUUACGCUGGUGGGAACUUAAGUGGAUACAGGCGUGGUGGUGAUGAGAGCUUUGGUGGCCUCAGUAGUUCUAGCUUUGGUGGCGCUAUGUAUGGCGGCGCAGCAUAUGAUCCUGCACUAGGUGGUUAUGCAUCUGGUAGCACACCUGAAAGAAGCAGGGGAAAUUUGGCUGGUGGUUCAGGCCGGUACAAUCCAUAUGGACGAUAGAGAUGCCCUUGAAGGAUUCGACCCAUGAUAAUAUUCUCAGCAAUCUUACUUCCUCAUUGCCUUCUUUUAGCUUCUUAUAUGGUGGGCAUCUUAGCAAUGCUAGUACCCUUAUUAGAUUGAGCGUGUGCACAAGUAAUUUAUUCUGUACAUGUUUGCUAGUUCUCCUGAGCUUAAAGCUUUAAUCGGUACCAUGUAGUGAUCAGACUAGAUGUUGUAAUGAUGGUUUUGUUUGGGAUGAACGGAAUUCUGGUAUUGUUAGUUUUAUAUCAUCUACGAAGUAAGUUUAAGCUGCUCUGGUA